AUGCGAUUCCUCUGCGUACUGAUCCUCGCCUGCCUCCUGGCAGUGGCACACAGCACCUCCACUCCAGCUGCUUCGACUUCACCACCAGCUUCUACGUCGACUCCACCAGCUUCUACGUCGACUCCAGCUGCUUCAACUACUUCACCUACUUCAAGCUCUACUUCACCAUCGUCGUCCUCAUCAUCCACGGUGACCACCACUACCACGACAGCUGCUCCCACGACCACCACCACCACGGAGGCGUCCAGUUCAUCAUCGUCGAGCGAUAAGAAAGUUCGGCACAGGAGGCACUACGUCAACCGGCGCCACAGGAAGGACAAGAAGUCCAAGAACAAGAACAAGAAGAGCAAGAAAAACAAGAAGGACAAGAAAACCAAGAAAGUCCGACGUACCCGGCGCAGUGGUUAAAUAUUUG